GCGACAGUCUCCUUCGCUGGAGGGCGCUGCGGUAGGAGCCCCAAAGGGGCUAGGGGGCCAGGGCAGGAUUUGGGGUGAGCACUGCCCCCUCCUAGGAGGAGACGUUCACCAUUAGCAGCUCCUUCUCGUUCCGCUACCAAGCCAGGCUUCCGGUCAGCGGUCAACGGAGGGUUUCUCCCAUCUCUUGGUGAACUUGGACAGAGGCGGAGGCAAAAUCGAAACGUAUUAUGUUCGGAAAACUACCCGAUAUAGAGCUUUGCAUCUUCUCAGGUUUCCAGACAGGAGAAGACAAUUGGUAGAGGUCAGGGAUGGGAGAGAUGGUGACAUCUGGACAGAAGCUGCAGCUGCAGGGCCCUGUGGCUGCUGGUGACAAGUGAUGGUGCCCUCUGAACACCCGCAGGACAUGUUGUAGUAACAGGAGCCCAGGAGAGCCCAGGCAGGUGCCAAGGAGCCAAGAUGCAAGGAUGACACCCCUGGAGGCCCCGGCCUCCCUCCUUCCUGGGUGCAGGUGCUAGGAGCCAUCCCCGGGCUCCGGCCGGGAGCUCUGCCGCCCAGGGGCAUGGCCAAACCUUUCUUCCGGCUCCAGAAGUUUCUCCGCAGAACUCAGUUUCUGCUGCUCUUUCUCACGGCUGCCUAUUUGAUGACCGGCACCUUGCUGCUACUGCAGCGGGCCCGAAUGGCCCUCCCCCAGGGCCCCCGGGCACCUGGCACGCUGCAGGCUUUGCCUGUGGCCACCGUGGCACUGGGCAUGGGCCUGCUGGAUAGCAGAGCUCUCCAGGACUCCCGGGUCAGCCCAGGCCUGCUGUUCGAUGUGGACGUGUUACAGAGCCCUCUGGCCCGGCUCCCACCCGGACUCCGCUGGCCACGGAGGAACCGCAGCUCAGUUCGGCGCCGCUGGUUCCACCACUUUGUGAGUGAUCCACACAGGUCACCCACCCUGGGUCCUGAGGCCCCAAGGCCAGCCAUACACAGCCGAGGCACCUAUGUUGGAUGCUUCAGUGGUGAAGGCCAGGAGAGAACUCUGAAGGGGGCAGUGUUCUAUGACUUGAGGAAGAUGACGGUUGCCCAUUGCCAGGACGCAUGUGCUGAGCGGUCCUACAUGUAUGCCGGCUUGGAGGCUGGGGCAGAGUGCUACUGCGGGAACCGGCUGCCAGCGGCGCGCGUCGGGCUGAAUGAGUGCAACCUUGAGUGUAAGGGCGAGAAGGGCGCUGUGUGUGGGGCCAUGGGCAGGCUCUCCGUGUAUCGAGUGGACGUGCUGCAGACAGGCGCCAGCAAGCGGCGGACCGCCACCUACCGUGGUUGUUUCCAGCUGCCGGAGAAUGUCACACACACCUUCCCCACCUCUCUGAUACAGGCCAAUGUGACUGUGGAGAUGUGCUCAGGAUUUUGUUCCCAGAAAGAGUUCCCCUUGGCCGUCCUGAGAGGCUGGGAGUGCUACUGUGCCUACUCAACCCCCCAGUUCAACCUUCGGGAUGCUGUGGACAGUGCACUGUGUGGCUCCACCCCAGAGCCACAGAGGACAGCUGGUUACUGUGAGGUCUACCAGACUCCUGUGCAAGACACACGGUGUACAGACAGGAGGUUCCUUCCCAGCAAAUCCAAGGUAUUUGUGGCUUUAUCAAGCUUCCCAGGAGCCGGGAACACGUGGGCAAGGCACCUCAUUGAGCACGCCACGGGCUUCUACACAGGGAGCUACUACUUCGAUGGAACUCUGUACAACAAAGGGUUCAAGGGUGAGAAAGAUCACUGGCGGAGCCGGCGCACCAUCUGUGUGAAGACCCAUGAGAGUGGCAAGAGGGAAAUUGAGAUGUUUGACUCAGCCAUCCUGCUGAUCCGGAACCCCUACAGGUCCCUGGUUGCUGAAUUCAACAGGAAAUGUGCCGGACACCUGGGUUAUGCUCCCGACCGCAAUUGGAAGAGCAAAGAGUGGCCAGACUUUGUGAAUAGUUACGCAUCAUGGUGGUCCUCUCACGUGCUGGACUGGCUGAAGUACGGGAAGCGGCUGCUGGUGGUGCACUACGAGGAGCUGCGCCGCAGCCUGGUGCCCACACUGCGGGAGAUGGUGGCCUUCCUUAAUGUGUCUGUGAGUGAGGACCGGCUGCUCUGUGUGGAGAACAACAAGGAAGGCAGCUUCCGGCGUCAUGGCCAGCGCCCGCAUGACCCAGAGCCCUUCACCCCCGAGAUGAAAGACCUGAUCAAUGGCUACAUCCGGACAGUGGACCAGGCCUUGCGUGACCACAACUGGGCCGGACUGCCCAGGGAAUAUGUGCCCAGAUGAUAGGCCCUAGCCCAAGCUGCCCACCCCUGCUGUAAGAUGCAGUCACGCCAUGAAACUAUACCCCUGCUCUGCUGCUCGGUUGUGGACCUCUGGGUCAUGGGACAUGUGGCUGCUUGCACACAGUCAGCAGAGAGGCCCUUGGGUGCUGCAGGGAGACCUGAUCUGGAUGCCAGACCCACCCAGACACAUCACAGGACAGACAAAUGGAAAGACACUCCUGACACUCACACGCUCACAGACACUGAGACAUUAUUCCACAUUCACAGUGCCCAUUUUGAUGUGCCUAAGCCACCCAUGCAGGGUGAGCCAGAUCUGCCUAGCCUUGCACAUAUAGCCACACACAGACACAAACACAUAGGUGCCCAGGGCGUGUGCCCAGAGGCUGGCUGUCUCUCAUACGUGCACGUGCCCAUACAUGCACCUUGGGCUCUGAGAGGCCCUAGGCUUCCUGUGUCCAGCCACCGGAGCCCUCAUCUCUAGAACGCCAGGCUGGACAGGCACUCAUGCUCCAAGCAGGAAUGGAGGCAGAUGUAGAUUGCUGAUGUGGGGCUGUGGGGCCCUGACCUUGUCUGACAUCCCAUAAAGGUGUGUGCCGUGACUACCAGGCAUUGCAAACUCUGCA